UGUGAAAUAGAUACAUCUAAAUAUCCAUUUGAUACACAAACGUGUAGACUUGAUUUUUCUCAUAGGGGAUCAGUAAAUGGUGGUGGACUGCCCGUUUUACUAUUGUCCUUCACCAAGAUCUGUGCGUUCAUCAUACCAGCGAGCAGUGGCGAGAAAUUGUCAUUUUCGAUCACAAUUUUAUUGUCUAUGGCCAUAUAUAUGUCCUCAAUUAAUUCUGUCAUGCCCGAAACAACU